CAGCGCAUCAGAGGACCCGCGGACUUCCGGUGCUGGAGACCAGCUGAGCGAGCUCUCCCGUGAACCUUCCGCAGGGACGACACAGCACGAGCCGUUAACGACGCCCAGCGCGCGCCACCAUGGUGAAGAUCAGCUUCCAGCCGGUCGCGGGACAGAAAGUGGAAAAGGACGAUGGCGAGCAACCGGCAGUGCUCAUCUCUCAGCCCCACGAACAGCCUCCUGUGAUGAAGCGGUCGUCAGUAGCAACCGUCUGCUGCCUCACGUUUCACCUUCUGGUUUUCACCUGCAGUCUCCUGUACGCCUGUGUGUACAUCUACACACACUACAUCAUCCCCCAGGUUCCAGGUCAGUCAGAGUUCCGUUGCCGUGUGAUGUACGACGACGCGGUGAUGGCUCCUCUUCGCAGCGCUCACGUGCGCGCGCGCCCACACACACACUCUCACACACACACACACUCCCACUCUCUGGACCAGAAGGUGGACAUCUACCUGCAGGACAACUACGAGCUGCUCAGCGUCCCCAUGCCGGAGUUCAGCAACACACACCCCGCCGAGAUCAUCCACGACUUCCACAGGGGGCUAACAGCCUAUCAUGACCUCACUCUGGACAAGUGUUACGUGAGUGAGCUGAACACUUCCGUCGUCAUGGCACCCAGGAACCUGUGGGAGCUGCUCAUCAACGUCAAGAGGGGCUCCUAUCUCCCGCAGCACUUCCUGGUUCAGGAGCAGAUGUCGGUGGCUGCGCGCGUGGUUGACCUUCGACCUCUGGGCCCCUUCAUCUCACGCCUCUGCAGCGGCAAGGACACCUACCGCCUGAGUCGCCAUGGAGACGCACGCCGUGUGUAUAAGCGUGCCCUUGAGAAUUGUAACCGCAUCCGUCACUUUGAGAACGAGUUCGUCAUGGAGACGCUCAUCUGUGAUCCCCAGUAGACCACGCCCCCAGCCCCGUUAGGCCACGCCCACUGCCUGUCAAGCCACGCCCACCUCCCAUUAGACCCAGUCCCUGGAGCUCCGCCUCUCUCUCCAAAUGUGGGACCGAAUGAUGUCAUCAUCCUCUUCAUUCUAUACAUCCCUCCUCAAGAUUCUUACCCCACGCCCGCACACACACACACACACACACACAUACACACACCUCACACUCUAAAGCACACACACACACACACACAAACACACACACACACACAUGCACGCACACAUGCACGCACACAC